AUGGGAACCCGGGCGUUUUCCCAUGACAGUAUUUUUAUCCCUGAUGGGGGAGCAGAAAGUGAGCAGACAGUUCAAGCAGUAUCACAGGACAACAUUCUGGGCAAAGUCAAAACUCAUCAGCCACAGUUGGGCAAGAAUAUCAAGUUUGGGCAGUCCCCACCACCCACAGCCCUUCCUAUGAAGAGGACAAGCAGUCCCAGUCCAGAGGCUAGCUUAGAAGAAGAUCUGUUCCUGAGCAGUCCCAUGGAAAUUGUGACCCACCAGGAUUUAGUGCUCUCUGACAGUGAGAAUAAAUCCAGUGAUACUCCAACUUCCUUAAGUCCUUUGAAUUUACCUGGAACAGGGAGUGAAAUGGAAGAGAAGGUUACUCCAGUUAAAUCAUCUCGGCCAAAGCGACAUUUUUCUUCUGCUGGCACCAUUGAAAGUGUCAACCUGGAUGCCAUUCCUCUAGCCAUCGCGCGCCUGGACAACAGUGCAGCCAAGCACAAGCUGUCUGUGAAGCCAAAAAACCAAAGGGUUUCCAAGAAGCACAGGAGGCUGGGCAAAGACCAACUAAAUGAUCAAGAAAGCUUUGAGAGUCAGCUGUCCCUAGACCAGAAUGGGCACACGGGAGAAGAAAAACAAACUUGGCAUGAAGAACAACUCAGACCACUUGAUUCAGAGGAAGAGAAAAGAAAGCAAGAGGAAUAUUGGAGACAUCUUGAGGCUGAAUACAGAAGGCAAAAAGCAGAGAAGAAACGUCUAGAAGAACAAAGGCUUCAGGAAGUAGAAAGGAAGCUAUGGGAAGAGACUCAAAAACCACUUCUGGAGGAGGAAGAAGAGGAGGAGAAGGAGGAAAGGGGAAAGGUGAAGCAACAGCAUCUGGAAGGGCAGAGGCAAAGGCAAGAGCUGGAGGAAAAUGGACAAAAAGAGGCAAAACAGAAGGAGCUAGGAGAGGAGAAAUGUCUGGAGGCAGAGGAACAACCCUGUUGGCAAGAGGAGGAAGCCAAGCGAACAGAGGAGCUCAAAAGACAGGAGGAACUAGAAGAACAAAGAAAGCAAGAGAUUGAGAAACAGCGCCAGGAGGAGGAAAGGAAGCUCCUGGAGGAGCUUAAGAGGAGAGAGGAGGCAGAAGAGCAGAGGAAAAGAGAGGCCGAAAGGCAGAGGCUGGAGGAAGAAGAAAGGAAGCUAUUAGAGGCUGAAAAGCAGAGGCUGGAGGAGGAAGAGGAACGGAAGCUACUAGAGGCUGAAAAGCAGAGGCUGGAGGAAGAGGAAAGGAAGCUAUUAGAGGCUGAAAAGCAAAGACGAGAAGUGAACUUACAAGAGCUCAAGGGAGAAGACUUGGAAAUAGAAGAGAGUGGGCAAGAGGCAGAAAAGCAGCUCGGGACAGGCGAAGGAAAAGAAGGGAAGCAGCAGAGGCGGCAAGUGGAGGGGAAGCAUUCGGAGGCACUUCAGGAACAGGGCAGCCAAGAGCUUCAAAAGCAUCCCCAGGACCGUGAAGCACAGCGGCAGUCCGAGUCAAGAGAGAGCCCAGCUCAGAACCUCAAGGAACAGAAAUCCCCCAGGCACGAAGGCCCUGGGGGAAAGUUCAAGGGGCUACCGCUGAGGGAGAAGCAAAGCCACCAGGCUGCGGAGGGGAAGGAGGGGCAGCAAAGAGGGGAAGAUGGUCAUGGAGGGGCUCUUUUGCUUCAGGAAGAAAGAGAAGAAGCUCAUCCCCAAAAAGAAAAGGGGCGGCCAGAAAAAGAACUGGCUCCAGUGGAGAAGAAAGAAACGGUGCCCUUGCAGAAGGACGGGACGGGGGAAGAGCUGAGAUGGCAAGAAGUGGAGGAAAGGCAGAGUAUGCCCAGACCGUAUACAUUCCAGGUAUCAUCGGGAGGAAAACAAAUCCUGUUUCCCAAAGUCAACCUGAGUCCUGUGACCCUCGGGAAGGAGUCGGGGCUACCGGUCGUCUCCCAGGAGCCCAAGGCCAGUAAGUCCAGUAAAGCUUCCCACCCCCUCCCGUCUUCUCUAAGCAUUCCUCACACUGCGAUCCUGGUCACGGGAGCACAGCUGUGUGGCCCAGCUGUCAACCUGAACCAGAUCAAGGACCCGGCGUGCAAGACUCUGCUGGGCUUGUCAGAAGAAAAAAAGCACGUGGAUAUUCCCGCUUUGGAAAACGUGCCGCGAGGCGCUCCCGAGCCGCGGGCAGCCAGUGGGAAAGCCAAGUUUCCUAAGGAAUCUUCCAGCAGUAAGGCUGCAUUAGCCGAGUGGGAAUCUAUCCGUUCUAGAAUCCUCAAGAAUACCGAGAAUGGCCAAGUCAGCGACAAGGACCCUUUGAGGCACAGUGGUGAGAGCAUGCCUAGAGGUAGGUGUGAUUCCCGGGGAAGCCUCAAGAAAACCUUAUCUACUAAUGCAAAAUUCUCCAUCAUGCCCGCUUGGCAGAAAUUCUCCGAUGGUGGCAUUGAAGGCCAAAAGCAAAAUGCAGAAAACCUUAGGAAUAAGGCUGGGCUGGGCCCCUCGGGUGAAAGAGCAGAGGUCCAGCCUCCUGCCGGUGCUGAUAACGGACACCAAAAGAUUCCAGAGAAAACCGGGGUGCAGCAGGAACCCACCGAUACCGCAGAAGGAUGUAAAUUUGCCAAAGAUCUUCCAUCUUUCCUCGUCCCAAGUUCGCCUCUUGCCCCCCAGAAAGCCCUGGCUCAGCCAGACUUGGCAGCUUCCUCCGAAAGCGAGACAGGCAGCUUGGGAAAAGCAGAGGAUGCCAUGCCAAGUGGGGAGGAGAGUACCUCCCCCUUUGGAAUAAAGCUCCGAAGGACCAACUACUCCUUGCGCUAUCACUACGACCAGCAGGUGGACCAGUCAAAGAAAAAGAAGAGACACAGCACGGGAGACAACUUUGAUGGGGCAGCAUCUGUCCUGAAGAAUAAAGAUGGGGACAAAAACACCACAUCCCCUACCCAAGAGAAAAAGAAUGACUCACUGGAUUUGAAAGACUCUCUAGCCAGCAUUGGGCAUCAGCCGGCACCCCUGCUCCCCGCUAACCACCUUCCUUCUUCUCUGGAUCAUGACAAGCCAGGGGCAAAAUCACCACUGCCACAGAAGCCAGCCCUAGCCCCCAAACCCACCAGUCAGACCCCACCAUCCUCACCCCUUUCCAAAAUGGGAAGGCCGUUUUUGGUUGAGGUGCUAUCCAGGCAGGCAGUAAAACCAGACCAGGAGCCCAGUAAGAAGCUGAAUGAGAGGGAGGACAGUGGCGAUCUUCACCUACUGCCAGUACCCCACACCGAGAAGAGAAAGGAGGAGGAGGAGACAGCAGAGAAGAAACCCUCUUCUUCCCAGAAAGAGAAAGCCGACAAAACCCCUGAGAUGGGGAAAAAAGAAAAGCCAAUGCUUCAGAGCUGGCACUCUUUAGAAGGCUCCAAAUCAAUGGAAAAAACUGACACUGCCCAGCCACAGUGGAUUACAUUAGCACUACAAAAGCAAAAAGGAUUCAGGGAGCAGCAAGCUACCAGAGAGGAAAGAAAGCAAGCCAGAGAGGCCAAACAGGCAGAAAGGUUAUCGAAAGAAAACACUGCAGGCAGCCAGCAACCUGAAAGCAGCAAUAUCAGCAGAACAGGUUCCCUCCAUAAACCUACUGCUCAGGAAGACGAGAAGAAGAUUGAGACAGCUGUGUCCAGGCUAGAGCGCAGAGAACAGCUGAAGAAAUCCAACACUCUCCCUACGUCUGUCACAGUGGAGAUCUCAGAUUCUGCUAUGCCUGCAUCGCUGAUGAAAGAAGUCCCAAAGAGAUUCUCCACACCAGAUGCUGCCCCGGUGUCAACAGAACCAGCCUGGCUGGCCUUGGCCAAAAGGAAAGCAAAGGCCUGGAGUGACUGUCCACAGAUUAUUAAGUAGUCUCUUGUGCUUAGUUGUAUUGCUUACUGAUAACUCCUCCUUUGCCCUUUUUAUUUAUUUAUUUUUUUACAUGGGGUGAAGAACUUGAACAGGAAAAGAAGCAUGUCCUACAGGAUCCAAAAUAACUCUUAGAAACAGAAUCGUUGUUUCUUUAUGUAAUUCACUAUAAACAAAGCAUUUGCACAAGGGUAGGGCUUAAGGCCCCCAAAGCCUCCCAUUUCUGAAGACAAAACUCUGUCCAUGGGGUCAUAGGUAGAGCUCCAGGCCAAUUACCUCUCCCCAGCUCUCUCCCAAUAAUAUAUACUUUAGCCACUUUUUGAUGUUUAUUUUCACUUCUUGGAUAACCUUUUAGAACACAAAAUUGUGCUAAAGCUUGGGAUGGUAUCUAUACUUUUCUAAAGGUGCUGAGAGGGUCAUGUGUCCAUAGAAAGAGAUAUCUUCUUUAAGAUUCCAAACACGGAGUGGACAUCUGGCAGCAACAAGGAGUGGUGUGGCUCCAAAGCCUCUUCCUUUAUUUUACAUCUCACAGACUUUUGAGUUUGGAGAAAACUCCUUUUCUUAAGCCUUUAUCUGAUUUUCAUUAAUUUUCCAGCAGGACAAGUCCAUUCAAACCUCAAAAACACAUAAGCUCCUCCCCACCCUCAAUGCCUUCCCAAUCCACAUGCCCUGCCUUUUAACACCGAGCUAACACAGAUUUGACACAGCUGGUAAAGGAAAAGUUUUAAGUCCCCUAUCAAGGAAGGGGACCACAAAAACAAAAUAUCUUUAAAAAUUAAUCCGAAGCAGCCUUUUAAUUUAGGGAACAGAAAAGAAAGGCUGUUCUAAUUAUACUCGUCCAAAAAAAAAUGAUUCUGGCCUUGGCAAGUCUUGGGGAAGUCAUUCACCAAGCAUCUUUAUCUGUAAAAUGAGAAGAAAGGCAUUGAGCUAGA